CUUUCUGCUAUUUAGAGUCCUCAAUGUAUAAAAUAACAUCAAAGAAGAAUUUUGUUAGGCAUAUGACAAUUUGUAGUUGUCAGAUAAGUUUUGAUGGGUUUGUUUCAGAUAAGGAACUUUCUCCAAUGGACAUAGCUUGACCUCUUUCCUUACCAAACAAUCCGCUAGGACAGCUUAUGAUUUCAGAGUUAAUAAACCAUCUCGAUGUUGUAUCUCCUCCUCGGUAAAUUAGUGAAGCUUUGGAAGAUUAAUAAGCAUAUCCUAUGUUCACAUAUUCACUUUAUAACUUAUGGUCUUACAUGAAGUUUACACUUCUACCAUUCCCAGUGUCAUCGAUGUUGCCUCUUCUUCUAUUGCUUUUGUUGCCAUAUGUAUUCCAAUCGGCUUCAGCAAGAACAUUCACCAAUAUGACUGAUGUGGAUACCUUGUUGGCAUUCAAGGCAAGCCUAAGCAAUCAGCCAGGCGUCCUAGUUGCAUGGAACACAACCACUGAUUUCUGCUUGUGGCCAGGUAUCAGUUGCAGCCAUAAACAUAAGCACAGGGUUACAGUGCUUAACCUCACUUCGGAAGGCCUUGCCGGCACACUUGCACCAUCUAUUGGAAACCUCACGUUUCUGAAAAUUUUGGACCUCAGCCAAAACAAUUUCCAUGGUGAAAUACCUUCAUCAAUUGGUUGCUUAUAUCGUUUGCGAUAUCUUGAUUUGUCCAACAACUCACUUCAUGGAGAUGUGAACAUCAAUUUGAAGAACUGCACCAGUCUUGAAGGUAUCAAUUUUGACUUCAACUUGUUCUCUGGAAAGAUCCCUGCCUGGCUUGGAGGAUUGCCAAAGCUCAAGAUCAUACAUCUGGAGAGGAAUAACUUCACUGGGAUAAUUCCGCCGUCACUUACCAACCUAUCAGCAUUACAACAAAUCUAUUUUGGUAAAAACCACCUUCAUGGCACCAUCCCGGAGGGCCUUGGCAGGCUCGGUAGUCUUGCAUACGUGUCCCUAGGGCGUAACCAUUUAUCAGGAACCAUCCCUACAACUCUCUUCAACCUUUCAUCUCUAGUUGGGUUUAGUGUGGCAGUGAACGAGUUGGAUGGUAAACUGCCGUCAGACUUGGUGGGUCACGUCCCAAAUCUGACGGGCCUAUUUCUUGGUUUGAACAGCUUUACAGGAAGCCUUCCAGCUUCUCUUGUCAAUGCAACUGAGAUAGAGUUUCUAGAUAUCUCCUUCAACAACAUCACUGGAAUAGUGCCUCCCGAGAUUGGAAUGCUCUGCCCAGAAUACUUCAAUCUUGAGGGUAAUCAGCUAAUGGCAACUACUGCUCAGGACUGGGAGUUUAUGACAUUAUUAACAAACUGCACACGCCUCAAUACCCUUUGCAUCCAGGACAACAUGCUAGGUGGUAUGCUGCCAACCUCUGUUGGCAACCUAUCAGUACAACUCCAAGAGUUUAUUUUCGGAUUUAAUGAAAUUUCUGGAAAAAUACCAUCUGGCAUCUGCAAUCUUGUCGGGCUAAAUGUGUUGGACUUCCCGCAGAACCAAUUCACUGAUGUCUUGCCUGAUAACAUAGGAAGGCUAAAUUUGCUUCAAGAAUUGUAUUUCAGUAAUAAUCAAUUUUCAGGGUUCUUGCCAUCCUCCCUUGGGAACUUGACACAACUACUAGUUCUUUCGUCAGGCAAUAAUAAGUUUGAGGGGGGCCUUCCAGCAGGCCUUGGGAACCUUGAGGAGAUAACUGAAGCAGACUUCUCAAACAAUAAGUUAUCAGGUCCAUUACCUAAAGAGAUCUUUAACCUAUCGACCCUGUCAAAUAUACUGGACUUGUCAAACAAUUUUUUGGUUGGUUCGCUUCCACUUGAAGUUGGCAGUCUAACAAAGCUUACAUACAUGUAUCUCUCCAUGAACAACUUAUCAGGACCACUACCUAAUACACUUAGCAAUUGCCAAAGCUUGACGGAGCUAAGGUUGGACCACAACUACUUCAAUAGUACCAUUCCCUCAUCUAUCAGCAAAAUGCAGGGCUUGGCAUUUCUGAAUCUUUCCAAGAAUACACUCUCCGGUAUGGUUCCUCAAGAGUUAGGACUCAUGGAUGGCAUUCAAGAAUUGUAUCUUGCACACAACUACUUGUCUGGUCCUAUCCCUGAAUGCCUGGAAAACAUGACGUCAUUGUAUCAGUUAGACCUGUCCUUCAAUAAUCUGGAUGGCAGAGUUCCAACGCAAGGUGUGUUUAAUAAUGUGACUGGAUUCUUGUUUGAAGGGAAUUCGGGACUUUGUGGUGGUAUAUCGGAAUUACACUUGCCCACAUGCCGGCCGCCAGAAUCAAUGGAACACAAAAGGACACACCAUCUCGUUGUUGCUAUAGCUAUCCCAAUUGCUGGUGCAAUUCUGUGCUUCGGUGUGCUGCUUGUUUUCUUCACAUGGAGGAAGAAAACUAAAGGUCAAUCCACAUCCACGAGGGGAUUUCAACUGCCGGGUGACAACUAUCCAAGAGUUACCUAUGUUGAAUUGGUCCAGGGAACAAGUUGCUUUGCCACAUCCAAUUUGAUUGGCAGAGGAAGCCACGGAUCAGUUUAUAAGUGUGGUUUGCUGAUGAAUAAUUUGAUGACCACAGUAGCCGUGAAGGUUUUUGAUCUUCAUCAGACUGGUUCUUCCAGGAGCUUUUUAGCUGAGUGUGAGGCACUUAGUAAGGUUCGCCAUCGUAAUUUGGUCAGUGUCAUAACUUGCUGCUCAAGCUCUGACUCAAGCCAAAAUGACUUCAAAGCUCUUGUGUUCGAGUUCAUGCCCAAUGGGAACCUGGACAGGUGGUUACAUCCGGAUGCACAUGAUGCAUCACAACCACUGCAAGGUUUGACAUUGGUGCAAAGAUUAAAUAUUGCAGUUGAUAUUGCCGACGCAGUAGAUUAUUUGCACAACAACUGUGAACCGCCAAUAGUUCACUGUGACUUGAAGCCAAGCAACAUUCUUCUCAGUGAUGAUUUAGUUGCUCACGUUGGAGACUUCGGCCUCGCGAAGAUUCUUUCUGAACCAGCAGCUGAGCAACUGAUUAAUUCGAAGAGCUCGAUUGCAAUAAGAGGAACAAUUGGUUAUAUCGCUCCAGAAUAUGGCGACGGUGGUCAAGUUUCUUCGCGUGGUGACGUAUACAGCUUUGGAAGUGUCAUCCUCGAGUUGUUUACAGGCAUGUCACCUACUCAUGACAUGUUCAGAGAUGGGCUGACCUUGCAGAAACAUGCCGAGAAUGCAGCAUUUGCUGGGAUGCUAAUGCAGAUCGUUGAUCCAGUCCUACUAUCCAUUGAAGAAGUUAAUGCGAGCAGUGUGCCGGAUGGAAGCAACACAAUGGAACAUGCCAGCAAUGCCAUAUUCUCUGUCAUGAAGGUUGCCCUAUCAUGCAGCAAGCAUUUACCAGCCGAGAGGAUGUGCAUAGGAGAUGCCGCUGCCGCGAUCCAUAGGAUAACAGAUAGCUAUGUUAGGAUGAGACAAAAUGAGUAGGACCUUGUGUUGUGACAGUGCAGCAGGCACAUUAUUGGUGAUGACUGUUUGGAUCUAGUCGUCCGUCAGCUGUUGCUCAUCGGAAGGGGGGAUGCUCUCUCUCUCUCUCUUCCCCAUCUUGCACUUCAGUACAAGUAAAAAUGAUGAUUUGCGUGGAGUACGAUUUUAAGUAAAAGAUUCCCAAGAACAUUUUAUUUUGAUGAAUGUCAGUUUUUAUUUUGAUGUCGUUGUUGGACAAGCUUUUGUAUUGUUGGACAGCACAUUCAGCUCUGUAUGGUGCUCUCAGUAUUCUGAAUCUUGUGUUCUGAAAUCACAGCAACACUGUCAGGACAUCAACCUCUGUUGAUUCAGAAUAAUAAGAUUGUUGGCUAAAAAAGAGAGAGGGGUUUGAUGAAGAUAUCAGUUUGUUAGCAUCAGACCACUUCUUCAGGCAAACACUGCAUAAAAGAAUGAGGGGGGGAGCAGGGCGAUACUUUCAGCUGGUUCUCAUAAGCAACGGACAUGGGGCUUCCUUCAGUAUCUCGCUUGCCUCUUGCAAGUCUCUUCCGAUCUCUCUCCAGUUUGUGAGGAGGAAUAUUUGAUGAAGAAUAAAAAAUUCCAACAUUGGAGUGUAGAAACUUUGUACUGAGUAACCAACAUUGCAACAGAGAGUAGCAUAAACGUCCAAGCCUAUUGCCAAACUAGAAACCACGAUAUAACCGAAUCAUCAUUAGACAUAAGGAUACAACAAAUGUAUUAUCCAUUCGAUGCCCAGUUUGGACGGACAGACAUUACAUGAGGACAAAUACAUGAAGAUGCAAGGCGGGCCUCUACAAGAACAAGAAAUAGAGGUACAACAUCGUCCUUAUGGCAGCACAAUUUGGUUAGAGACCGGUUCUCCAUUCCUGCUUAUUGCAAUAAUUGCCUCUACGUCAAGUCUCCCUCUCAUAUUGUACUAUAUGUAUACCCCUAAGAGGGUCACAUCAACAUAAUACAAUAUUUAGCCUGUUAAACAUGCUAUGGUGCACCCGGCGCAUGAGGUAGUUAGGAUAGAUAGAUAGAGAUAGGUUAUUUUUCUUUCUCUCCAAGUUCUAUCUCUUCCUUGAAUAUCUCUCUCUCAUAUGUAAUCUUAACUAUGUAUGCGCUAUGGUUGGGAGGUGCGCCCCAACUCUAUAUAACACGAACCCGUCGGCCUCAACAGGCUAAGACGUUUCCAGCUAUCGCACAUGGUAGUCAGAGCCAUCCUUUUCCCAUCUAAGCUCCAUACGAACUCCAUCUAGCCCUAGCCAUGUCUUCCUCCUCCGGCGCCUCCCAAACCAGCCUCAAUGGCCAGGUUACCGAGAAGCUGACGCGCACAAACUAUGUGCUAUGGCGCACGCAAGUCAUUCCCCAGCUGCGUGGCGCCGGUGUCUUCGGCCAUGUCGACGGCACUCAGCCGGAGCCGGUGAGACUCCUCGUCACCACCAAGGACGGCAA